AUGUUUAUACGGAUGAAAAACUUUUCUCGCUGGAGCUCGAACGCCGUCAGACGCCGCAUGGCCGACCGCGGUAAACAUCGCGUCGCGCCCGUCCCGGCGCCUACGAAAAAACAAUACGCGUAUACCCCGUGCCCGCGAUCAGAAGAAGUAGGAACGGAAUUUGCACUACAAUUACUAAGGACACACCACGAAGAACCGCCGACGCCGGAGAAAACUCCCCCAGGUAGGACUACUUUUGGCGGGAAAAGUUUUCACGAGUCACAUUAA